AUGGCGGCGGCGACAGCGGCGCUGAGCGCGGCUGAUUUGCCGGCCGGUGCCGUGCGACAUGGCCCAGCUCUGGCGUUUCGUAUCGUGGCCAAGUGCAGCCGCACCCCUGCGCGAGCCUCGGAGCUCUAUCUGCCCCAUAGCACCGUGCACACCCCCAUCUUUAUGCCCGUCGGCACCCAGGGAACAAUGAAGGGCCUCACACCUGCCCAAUUGGAGAGCCUCAACUGCCAGAUUAUGCUCUCCAACACCUAUCAUCUUGGCUCACGUCCGGGACCAGAGAUCAUGAAGCAGGCCGGCGGGCUUCACAAAUUUAUGAACUGGAAGCGCUCUGUGCUCACGGACUCGGGUGGCUUUCAGAUGGUGUCCCUGCUGCAUCUGGCUGAAAUCACCGAACAUGGUGUCAGCUUUCAGUCACCCCACGACGGCUCCCAGAUGAUGCUGACCCCAGAACAUAGCAUAGGCUUGCAAAACACCAUUGGCGCUGAUAUUAUUAUGCAGCUGGACGACGUUGUCAGCUCCCUCAUUUCUGGCCCUCGGGUGGAAGAGGCCAUGCACCGGUCCAUUCGUUGGCUCGAUCGAUGCAUUGCGGCCCAUGCCCGACCAGAAGAACAAAACCUAUUUGCCAUCAUUCAAGGAGGCCUAGACCUGGAGCUCCGUCGCCAGUGUGUGGACGCCAUGGUUGAGCGCAACACGCCCGGAUAUGCCAUUGGUGGCCUCUCCGGUGGCGAGGAAAAAUCUAGUUUCUGGCGUGUUGUGAAGGAAACGGCCCGUCUGCUGCCAGACGAUAAGCCGCGCUACUGCAUGGGCGUCGGCUAUGCCACGGACCUGAUUGUGUGCGUGGCGCUCGGUGUGGACAUGUUUGAUUGCGUGUUUCCCACUCGCACUGCGGCCCCGCUCGGCUCCAGGAACCCAGCCCAUUCUUUAAUCUCAACACAUCACGCGAUCAUCGCGGACCGAUUUCCAGAAUUUGUCAUCGACUACAUGCAGACGCUUCAUCCCGACGGAGCCUAUCCUGACUGGGCGCAAGAAGCCCUCGCCAGCGUGGGCAUUCAUCUCCAGACCCCCGACUCGACCCCAACCGAGCCAGCAAAGUAG